AUGAAUAACUGUUCUAUUGACCAUGCUCUUCGCUCUUCUAUUAUUAAUGAACAGACAAUUGCGGAGCCCUCUAGUUUUUGGUCAGAAUCUAAUACUCAACAAAUAUCAACUGUGAAUGAACAGAAUGAACAGAAUUCUGAAGUUGAGGACUCGAGAGAAGAAUCUCAUGUGAUCUCAACAGAACAGCCUGAACCUACUAAUGAAAAUAUUAAUGAAACAACAAACUUGGAAAGUGUUACAGCAGAUCAAGCAACGGAUAACGAUCAAGAAUUUCAAGAUAAUGAAGCUCCUGCUGGCAAUAAUAAAAAGGCAGCUUCUAAAUGUAAAAAGAGAAAACCUGAUACUGAAAUCAAUGAUGCAACUGUAAGAAAAAAUAAAAAAUCUAAAACUAAAGGACCCAAAGAGAAAAGGCUAGCUCGUUUCAAAAUUGUCUGUCCAAAGUUUAUUCAACAACAAAUUUUACGCGCUGAAGCAGAACAAAUGUACAUGAUUAGUCGAACUAUAAUUAAUGAAUUGCACCAUGAAUUCGUUGUAAUUGGAUCAACUGGCAAUGUUUAUACUGUUAAUAUUUCACAUAUGCCAAAAUGCACUUGCCCAGGCUUCUCAAAGCACAAAUUUUGUAAACAUAUUAUUUUUAUUUAUCGUAAAGUUUUGGGUAUAAAGCGAAAAAGCCCGUAUAUUUACCAAAAUGCACUUUUAACUAAAGAACUUCGUAUAAUGUUUGCAAAGUUUGAUUCCUAUCCGUCUGUCAUGGCUAGCUAUGCAAUUUGUCAGCGAUAUAAAGCGUUCCUAUCAGGAGAGCUUGGUCAAAAACGCCGGCUAAUUGAAGGAGAAUGCGCUAUUUGUUACGAAACAUUGGAAGGAAUUGAUCUUGAUCUUAUCGUGUGGUGCCAAAGAGGUUGUGGAAACAACCUUCACAAAGAAUGCUUCGAACAAUGGGAGGAAAUAAAAUUUUCUGAAAAUGGAAUG